CUAUGUACUUAUUCAAAGCUGAUUAUUUUGUUUCACCAGCUGAUAUCAGCAUACAUUUUGGCAGCGCGAUCAUAUGAAGCUUUGACAACUGGUUGGAUGUUGAGUUCGUACAUUGCUUAUAUUGACUUUGUGCUCGCUUUUACCAUUUUUGGUUUCAACAUCAAAUUUAAAGUUUUGAGUAACUAAAGAUUCAAAUUUUCCCAGAAUACAGGGGCGGGAACAUAAUAUUACUUCAUUUAAACCAGCUAACAACGAUGUGGGAUGACGUCAGCUACAUCAGAUAGUGAUUUAGUCUUACCCGGACACGUAAUUAAGGAGAAAUGGCGUAUUAUCAAAAAGAUUGGAGGUGGCGGUUUUGGAGAGAUAUACGAGGCUCAAGAAGUCAGCUCACAAGAAAAAGUAGCUUUAAAAUUAGAGUCAGCACGGCAACCCAAGCAAGUUCUAAAAAUGGAGGUCGCAGUCUUAAGGAAACUACAGGGCAAAGAACAUGUGUGCAAGUUUUUGGGUUGUGGAAGAAAUGACCGUUAUAGUUAUGUCGUAAUGUCACUUCAAGGCCGAAAUCUCGCAGACUUACGACGUAGUAUGCCACGUGGAAUAUUCUCUACAUCUACAAUAAUACGUUUAAGUUUACAAAUUCUAAGCGCUAUUGAGGCUAUUCAUGAUGCUGGAUUUUUACAUCGUGAUAUUAAACCUUCAAAUUUUGCUGUUGGUAGAUUACCGACAAAUUGUCGAACAAUUUAUAUGCUAGAUUUUGGAUUAGCUCGUCAAUAUACAACACCUAAAGGAGAUGUUAGACCUGCACGUCCAGUAGCUGGUUUUCGUGGAACAGUACGCUAUGCAUCACGUAAUGCUCAUAUGAAUCGUGAAAUGGGUCGACAUGAUGAUUUAUGGUCAAUGUUUUACGUGCUUGUUGAAUUUGCAUCAGGUCAAUUACCGUGGCGUAGAAUUAAAGACAAAGAACAGGUUGGUCAAAUUAAAAACAAUUUUAAUCAUAUGACGCUUACACGUUGUCUUCCAAGUGAAUAUCGUGCUUUCCUAGAGCACAUUGAAGAAUGUAGUUAUUCAGAUCGACCCGAUUAUACUAUGCUUCAUGGUCUCAUAAAACAAGCUAUGAUUCGUCGUGAUGUUCAUGAGACUGAUCUUUUUGAUUGGGAACAACCUGUAACCGCAAUAGAUAAUCAACAAAUAAAUCCAACAAAUGCACCUUCUAUUCCACCUGGAUCUGGAGUAAAUGACCAACAGUGUAAUCAUCAUGUGGGUGUAGGUUCUGCUACAGCUGGUAAUGCACAACCUACUGGUUCCAUUGAUAGGAGGACUCAUGCAACUCAACAUUUAGUUACUAAUCAUCCUCAGCGCUCUAGUUAUCAAUUUAAUCGUAACAAUGAUGAUGUUGUUCAACAUCAACGAGUAUUAGAUACUGUGGGCUUGAGUACUACUGGUAUAACCAAUAGAGGGAAUCCCAUGCAUCAUCUAGUCAGUAGUGUGAAUGAAUCUUUAAAAGAUAGUGUGCCACAACUUUUGAAUGGAAAAACCAUAUCACCCGAUUUGAUACCAGAUGGAGACAUGUCAAGGCAUAAUAAUAAAAUUCUCUCCCACCUUCCACCUUUACAAACAGCUGAUGUAGUCGAUGACUUUGGGAAUCGUGACCCUGGGAAAUUAGUCACAGCUACUGCUAAAGAAAAUUUAGACAGCCGUCAUAAAGAUACAAAUGAUAUUGAUAAUGGUACAAACGCAAGUCACAAUGUAUUAGGAUACCAUUCUGUUGUUCAUAAUAACAAUUUAAGACACUGUAAACAUUCAACUUCUACUAAAGGUCUAUCUGCUGGUACUUCAAACCGUCGAGCUUCAUUGAGACGUUCAAAUGCUAUGCCUAAUAGAAGCCUAACGGAACUUGAAAAAUCAGUCGAUCACAAUUCAGUAUCUAGGCCCAACGGCGAACGUUCACUAGAGUCUGCACAAUGCAAAAAUGAUAACUUUAUUGAGCACAGACCCUCACGAUUACCUGUUAUCGUGCCUGCUAGACAAUGUCAUCGUGACCAACAAAGUAGCGUUGUAGAUGUUCAUAAUAAUUCAUCCAUGAAAUCAACACGACCUGCUUGUUCAAAUACACGUCCAUCCAUUUUCAUAGCCGAUAAAUGUAUUUUCAUGUCUUCGCCUAGAGAAGAUGGAUACAAUGUCAUUGAUAAUGGUGGUAACGAUGUGAGCAUUUUAACUGGGAAUUAUGGAUACACCAUUGACCAAAGUCAAGCGAGUAUUGCUCAAAUGACCAAUGCUAUAGCAAUUAGUACUGUAGGUGGACGCUAUGGAUCGGGAUCAUUGUCUCGUUUAAAUCGAUUGAAUAGUAAUGCAGCGGGUUCAAUGACCCAGCUAGCUGGUUUAUGUUUAUCUAGUCAAGAUUUAGUUGAUAUUGAUGGAGAUAUCAACACUGGCGGCGGCGUUGAUGGUGGUUUAGGUGAAACAAUAAAUGAUAAUCAGAAUGUAAUGUUGGACUCGUCAAAUAUUGACUUACCAAAUGAAUUAAUCGAUAAGAAACCUGGUGAAACUAUAACUGAUAAAUGUCCUGUUACCGAUGUUUCUGCUCAUCCUCAAAAUACUGUUUCAGAUAUUGGAACAUCGGAUGUCAAAUCUACUCAUCCGGUUUCAACGAAUAAUUCCACUAUCGUAACUACAACUACAACCAAUUCACAAUGUAUCAAAAAAGUCGAUAACAUUAACAAUGAUAUUGCCAUUGUCGGUGCAUUGGAUGAUGAUAUUGGUCGUGGUGAUUUUAUCAAUAGUUCAUUUAGUACAAAUGACAAGGGGUUGACAACUAAUGUAAAAUCCUUAUCAACUAGUAAUCUUAAAAAGUCGAAUUUAAAGUCAAAAUUGUCUGGACGUCUGACCACUACUACUACUACUAGUACGUCAACAACAACACCAUCAAUAUCAUCUGGACGUCGUUCAAGGUUGAUUCGAUGUAAUUUCGAUGAAAUCUCUCAUCAUUCAGAAGGUUUAAGACGAUUCUCUAUUAGUAAUGUUAAUUGUAAUGAUGAAAAAUAUUCUAUGAGAUUGACAAACUCUAAUGGAUCAUCACUACAUGAUAAUGACAGUUGUAAUUUAUUGCAUAAAUAUUCAGUAGUUAAUGGUUGUAAACCAGUUCCUGCACCAUCACGUCAACGACAUAGUUUAACACCUACAUCUUGGCAACAGCAAUCUCGUAAUCGUGGUAUCAAUAAUAAUAAUGAUAAUAGUUUGCAUGAAAAUCAUGAUAAAUCAUCUGUGAAUAAUUAUGAAGUGUUCACAUCAUCUGGUGAUCAUUCAAAAUUAUCCAUUAACAAUCAUCUAAUCAAUCCUAGUACAACUGGUUCAUUCAGUCGAUCAGAUAAAAAUACUACUACUACUACUACUACUAAUAAUAAUAAUAAUAAUACAAAUCGACAAAUGCUUGUAAAUGAUUCUCAGUCGAUUAGUAAUCGUUUUCACAAUGCAAGUCGUAGUCGAACUCCGUGGAAUAGUAAUACUUCAAAUAAUAAUGGUUAUAAUAAGUCACGUAGUUUAAGCACUGUUUCUGUAAAUAAUAAUAAGAACGGUAGUAGUAGAUCACAUAUUAACUGGAAUCGUAAUGGUUUAACUGAACUUCAAGAGAAUAAUAAUAAUAUCAAUUGUUUAUCAUCAUAUAAUGGUAAUGUAUUUGAACAACGACCAUCAAAUGAAAUCAAUACUGAUGAUAUAGGUCAUGUCAUUAGUAGUCGACGAUUUCGUCGAACAUGCAUUCAAACAUUAUUACCAAAAUCAUCGUGUACAUCAUCUCAACAACGCCAACUCCUAGUACCACCACCACCUCCUUGUGAAUCAUCAAGUGAUAUUGAUUCCGAUGAUAAACAUCCAAAAUGUUUAGAAAUAAAUUAUCAUAAUAAAGAAAUAACAAAUCUUAUGAAUAAUAAUCAUCAUUCAUCUUCUUUGAUACAACAUGGUAAUGAGAAUGGAAUUGAAAAUGAUCCAUGUAAUAUAUUAAAUCAUCAUUAUUCUAAUGAUAAUAAAGAGAUUAUUGUUACUAAUCAUUCAAAUAAACAAAGAAAAAACCAACAAUUAGAUGAACAUCAUCAAUCAUCUACUGGUAUUACUUCGGUUAAGAAUACUAAUAAUGGUAAUUCUAAUUCGUCGUCAUCAUCAUCCUCGUCAUCUUCUUCAACAUCAUCUUAUGAUAUUAUUGCAUCGAAUGGUUUAAUUCAAUGUUAUAAUAAUGUGAUAAAUGAUUCAAAUGUAUUAAUGAAUAAUAAUAAUUCUUAUACAUCUUCACCAUUAAUAGUAUUUGUUCCUAGACCAUCAACUAAUUCUAUAUUAUAUCCUAAUAAUAAUGCAAUGAUAGCACGUCAAAGACGUUAUCAUCAUCCACCAUCAUCAUCAUCAUCAUUAGAUCUAUCUAAUUUAACAUGUAAAUUAUCAUCUAUAUUAAAAAAAAAUGAAUCUAUUGAAUUAAAUAAUGAAAAUUAUAAUAAUAUAAAACAAUUAGAUAAUAAUAAUGAACAAAUAAAAUUGAAUUUUUUAAUGAAAUCAACUAAUACUACUAAUAAUGAACAAUGUUUAUUGAAUUCAUUAAAGAAAGAAAUACAAUCAUCAAAUUUAAUUGAUCAUAAAAAUCAAUUAUGAUCACUAUCAUCACCAACACCACCACCCCCACAGCAACAACAAUUCAUGAUCUCUAUUCCAUUUUACAUAAUAAUGAUAAUCAUAAUGAAUAAUGUUUAUUGAAUUCAUUAAAGAAAGAAAUACAAUCGUCAAGUGUAAUGAAUUGCAUAAUCAUAAUUGAUUUUUUCUCACUUGAUCCAUUUGAACAAAAAUCAUUACCACCACCACCACCACCGCCACCCCAGUAACAACAAGGACAACAACAAUUCAUGAUCUCCAUUCCAUUUCAUAUAAUAAAUAAAUAAAAAGUUUACUCUUUGAAUGUAAUAUAUAAAUGAAUUGAGAAAUAUGAAGCAUUUAUAUUAUUUAUGUACUGAAUAUAUUCUGUAUAUACUUACUCCUCAUGGAGGAAUAUAGGCGAUCAACCAAGAUUCUCCAUUUAACUCUUGUCAUGGACAAUUCAUCCUAGUUACUAUCUAAUUUUGCUAGAAAAACAAACAAACAAACAUUUUGUACAUAACUAUCUAUUUCUAUUUUCUUGAAUAUCUCUAAAUUAUUUUGUGCUAUGAUCAUUUGAUCUUCAUCUUUCUAUUGGAUUUAUUUUUCUAUGCAUAUUCAAGCAAUAUCAAUAAAGAUUUGGGCUUCCUUUCUACAGAUAUCUAUCUCUAUCUUAUUUAUCUAGUUACUAGAGCUUAUUGUACUUUAUUUGAAUAAGACAAAAAAAAAACAACAACAUAGAUUCUCAUCUAUUUGGCUUCCUCCUUUCAAAACCUUUUACCUCAAAUCUUUAUAAGAUACAUAGAGAUGUAUAUCUAUCUAUGUGUGUGUGUGUAUGUGUGUGGUUACCAGAAGUCUUUCUUUUCUUUUUCAUGUGUAUGAUUUUUGUUUCUUCUUUAUAAAUUUUUAAACAAAUAAACACUUAUUGAGAAGAAGCAGAAGAAAGAAGUAGGCUAACUGAAACUACCUUAUUCUACUUAUCCUUAUAGUUGCUAACUGAUUUGUCAAUAUUCACAGCUAAUAAAUAGGUGUAAAAAAUUGAUUCUAUCAUAUGUUUAUGGUUAAAAUUACUUAUUGAAUAGUUUUUUCUUUGAUUUCUUCAUUGUAUAAAAAUAAACAACUUACUGUUAUCAUCAUCAUCAUCAUUAUCGUCACCACUUGAUGCUUGGAAUUCUUUCAUUCGCUUUAAUUUAUUGUAACGUAUAGAUAAAGAACAGUUGAAGAUGAUAAUAGAGUGACAUUUGUCAAAGGGACACAAAAUGAAGAUUGAGGAACUGUAUUAUUCUUUGUAUAUGCAUAUUUUACUUGUGUAUAUUGAUCUUUAUUGAAGAAAAAAUAUGAAUCAAAGGUAUAGAUUGAUCCAGAAGUUUAUCAAUUGUAUGUAUUGUUGAAUAGAAUAUUACUUUAGUGUUCUAUAUGAUUGAUAUGUUUAUUGAGUCUUUCUUCAUUCAUAUAACUGAGAAUAUGGACGUUUAAAAAAACAUUUAGAUUCUUUAUUGAGAAAUAGUCAUGUAUGGGAAAGAGCUCUAUUUCUAUCUCUUCCUGUAUAGAAUUCAAUUUAUCUUUAACUAACCACCCCAUUUUUUUUUAUUGGGUGUUACUAAGACAUUUGAACUAGAUAGUGUAUAUGGCUUAGUUUAGUGGCUUCUAUUUCACUUUUGUAACUUUCUAUCUUUUUUCCCAGAGGGCAAAAAAAUACUUUCUACAAUGUCAGAUUUCGAUUUAGUACCUUUUUUUUUGUUUUGUUUUGCCAAAUACAUUUUGAGGAGAAAAGAAAGUAUUAGUUCCAUGAGUGCCAAAGUCUUAUUCAAUCUUCUCCAUGUUAAGUAUCCUAUAAUCCUCCUUGAUUACAUUUCGUCUUAGAUACACUUUAGAUGUUGUUGCUUUUUUUUUUAAACUUCUUAAUGCCAAUAUUUAUUUCUAUUCUAUAUCAUCUUCCAUUGGAACUAAACAAGACAAGAUAAAUUGAUUGAUUGAUUGAUCUAUAGUACUCAUUAUCCUUUUAAUGUAAAUUUACUUAAUUGUUCCCCCCUCUUUAAUCUUGUUUAUUCUAAUCUGUAUCGCUAAAUAGAAAGAAACAAAAAAACAAAAAAAAAUCAUUAUUUUUUUAAAGUUUAUCUCCAUGAUAGAAACAAAACAAAAAUACAUUUCCUUAUUGACGAUGAUGAUAUAAUGAUGAAGAUGGUAACCAUUUUUGUUAGUUGCUAUGAUAGUGAUUUAUUGUUGAAUGUAAAAUUAAAAAAAAAGAUUUGAUUAGUUUAGUUGAUUAUAAUAAUAGUGGUAAUACUACUACUACUACUACUACU